CAACAAGAAACGCAACACCAGCCAGUAAAAGGCGUGCGCAAAACUAAAAACGAAACAAAAUUGCAACAGCGAUUCGCAUAGAGAUAAAGACGCACGCGCAAAAUGUUUCAGUGGAGCGGACAGUGCGCCUGAAGACAAGGACGACCACCAACCGAGCAGCGCGUUUCCGUGCAGCCGACGCCGGAGUGCUGCAGUGUAGUUCGAGGGGCCUGGGGCGUAAUUAUGCAAGUUGUAACCGCCGCAGAAGCAACACCAGCAGAACUAACUGUAAUUGUGUUGGUGGUGCAGGCGGCGGUGGCACUGUUGCGACAGAAACUGCAACAGCUGCUGCCAAACAACGACCACAACAUCCGCAUCCACAACAACGCCCCGUAAGCUGAAGUGUCGGACUAGCAGUUGAAACCGCAAGUCGAUAAAGAAGCAACAACAAAAACACCAUGAAUCACAAACAUUCCGACCCAUUCUACAUCUCGCCCAAACUGUUUGACAACAAACGUCUCAAGCGACGGCACUCCCGCUGGAUGGAGCGCCUGCGUGCGCGCAAACAGUUCUAUAUGGCGCAGUUGCGCUCCAAUGCGUUAGCCUCCAAGACUGAAAAGUUGCUGCCCCGCCGACGCGUGGCUGCCGCCCUGCCCGCGGAUAUAACUAUAGAUCUGCUAUCGGAUGAUGAGAGCCCCAGCGCUCUGAAUCCAAAAGCAGUGCAGCCGCCGGUAAAGGCACCAGCACCAUCAAGCAGUGGCAGUUUCUAUGUACAAGCCCCAGCCAGCUUACAGUUAUCUAUGGUGCCCAACAUUACGCUGGUCCCUGUGCAAGUGGCGCCAGCGCAGAGCUCCACAAUGCUACUGAUGCCCGCGACUAGCAGUAGCAACCACAACAACAACAUCAUUGGCAUGGCUGAUGUCAAGCGACAGCGCAAGGCGCCAAAGCCACGCAAGCGCCACGAGCAUGUCACAUCCACUACAAUGCCCACAGUGGCCGACAGCAUAGUCUUGACCAGCGAUGACGACGACCAGGGGAGCAACGAUAUUCAGAUGGGCAUGCGGCAGCGACCACCGCAACUGCAACGACCGCUGCUACGCUCACCACCGCCUCUGGCCCCACUCACGCUCUCCGAAACUGUAGAGGAGGUAACCGUGUCGCUGGUGCCGCGCAAUGCCACCACUGCCAACUGUUAUGCGCGACAGCAGCGUCGGCGGCAGCAGGCGCUUUACUCGCCCUUCCACGGCGAGCCCAAUAGCUGCAGCACGCCAACCUCGACCUCAGCAACCACGACGUCCACGGCAAACGGCCAUGGUCAUGGCCAUACACAUGGCUAUUUAGAUGUGGACGUUGGCAGCGCCAUAGCGGCCACAUUGCCGGACGAGACCACCGUACACACAGUUAUUGCAAAUCGCAUCUAUGAGCUGUCGCUGAGCAAGCUGCGUGAAGGUCUCGCCUCCAGCGGUGUGCCCGAAUACGCGCAGGACCUGCUGCCCGAGCAGCUGCAAAAACUAUCGCCAGCAAUGCGCGCCAAGGUGGCGCCUCUGGUGGUACCCUCGCCGCCUGUUCCCAUAUCGCUGAAGCUGUCGAGCGACUUAAGCAUAUCACUGAUCUCAGACGAUGAUGAUUGCGAGAACGGCAAUGCUAGCAGCAGCGCUGCUCCCGACUUGGUGCAUCCAGUGGUUGCGGCUGAGGCGCAUGCGGCUGCCAAGCUACUAAAGCAACAACAGCCGCAGCUCUCGGUGGUGCAGCACCUGCAGUAUGCUGGACCAGGACGUGGUGCGCCUGUAGCUUUGGCUCUGCCAGUGGUGGCGCCCACCGCUUCAACAUUACCGACCGGCCGACGACGCAAACUGGGCUGAUUAAUGGGUAAUGGAAUCCCCAGUGCAACGCCAUAGCAUUCCCAGAAACAAGCGCGAGCAUACGCACACACACAAACACACACACUGGCGGUGUGUAUCUGAGCUUGUGCUCCCGUCUUUUCCUUGCAGUAGCUUGUAGUGCAAAUAAUAUUAAGAUGUUUUGUUUCGUCGCGCCAUUUUAUGCAUGUUGUUUUCCUCCUUCAUCUAUCUCUCUCUCUCUCUCGCUUCCUAUGCCUGUAUCGCUCCGAUUGUACAUGCAUAAGAACCUUCCCAGCCUCCCACUCUGUCUUUCCGCCCCCUCUAAUACUGUAAGCUUUAAAGAAACGAGAAGCAAAACGUACAAAAAAAAGUAGAAAGCGCAUUGUCGAGAAAUCAAAGAAGAAUUUGUAAAAAACAAAAACACAACAAACAAAAACAGUAACUUUAAAGGAGAUGCAAAAUAUAUAUUUUAAGAAACCAGGCAAACGAGAAAACGGAAGAAAACAACCCAGAAAAACAAUAAAAUAUUUAUAUAUAAUAUUUGUUAUACACAAAACCACAACAAUACAAAUAUUUGGAUAAGUAAUUAAAUAUACACUACGCAUAAUGAUGAGAUAUACAUACAUACAUAGUUAUAUAUACAUACAUAUAUGGCAGAUGCAUAAACAUACAUAUAGAGAAUACUAUGUAUACACGAAGAGAAAUGAACAGAUCAUUGUAUUU